GAGAUUAAUAUUCCGCUACGUAAAGCAAUGCUUAGAAUGUUUUGUAUCAGUUGGUGGCAAUGCAUUUAAUUAUUUAACACUAAAAUAACGAUCAGUGAGAGAAAGGGUGCAAUGUGAUCCUAUGAAGUGAUGAUAAGGAAACAAUAAUCCAUAAAUAUUUCGAGGAUAUACUCUGAUAGACCUGAAAAAGAAGGUAAUAAAAUGGUAAGAUAAAUAAAUAAAUAAUGAGAUAAUUAAAGAAAUAGUGGAAUUUCUGAAGCUGAUCUACUUGUUUACAGUCAAAGCUUAUAGACCAACAUUUCAAAUCCUAAGUCUGCCUUAAAUUCCGGCCAACUUUAGGUCAUUGUGUUUUCUAACCUUUCCGGCCCUUUUUCGCUUAUUCAAAUAUUGUAACAUUUGUGUAUACCUUAAAAUAUUUGUGUAUAUAGCUAUAGAACCCAUCCAUCAGGGUCGGAUCAUUUCUGAACAAUACAGCUAUUUAGUAAACAUUGGUCAAAUUUUUACAUUUCAUUAUGACUUAUUUGAAAGUCAUUUGCUGAGGUUUAAUUUCCAUUUUAAAAGCGCGCUUUCUGCCUGGUUUUUCAAUGGCCAAAUCGAGGAAUAGUCCAGUUAUUUUUAUCGUGCAGCGCAUCCAAUUAACCCGCUUGGUAGAGACGUCAAUAUCAAUAUGCCAUAUUAACGUAGCAGUCCAGUUAUCAUACUGCACCAGUAGCUGUUAUUCUAAGUAAAGCAGUCUUGACCAAUUCUCAGAAAUCAGGGGCGAAUUAUAGCAGCGAUAAUUAAUUAAAAAAAAGUGUUGUAACGCACGCAUAUUUUAGGUGCAACGUUGGAGUUUUCACUUGGUCGAAGGUUGAAUUGAAAGACUCUGCGCCUGUCUGAAAAUAUCUGCCACCCCGAACUUGCAUGAAAUUAUUUCGCUGCGACGCUGUCCUAAAAGAUUUUUCAAUGUGGAAAUAAAACCUUGGGUACAUUAGGAGCUGUGGAACCAGUGGAGUGAUAGUAAUAUCUAUUACUUACUGAAGUGUUAAUUGCUGUCUGAAAUAUUUAUUAAAUGUUAUAUUAUGUUAUCGUAUUUUCACGAAAAUACCAAUAUUUUGUAGCUGUUCUCAUGCAGAUAGCUGAAAUUUCUGGCUCGACAGCAGUAAAAAAAAUUCGGUGUAAGCAAGACUAUACCCAUUAAAGAAUGCCUGCGGUCCAAAAAGUUGGAAUAAGAUACGAAAAAUCCUGGAUACCCCUGUAUUGACCUCUAACGUGGGCCAAUAUUUUGUUUGUGGGCUGGUUUCUUAUCACGUCACACAUGCACGUCGCUUCAAUAUGGUCAUCAUGUUUAGCCAGAUAUAAUAUGUAAUUUUCGAACAUUUUUGGUGCAAUGAAACACAAUUAUGAAAUGUGCAAGGAUAUUUUUAACUUAAGAAAGAUCGUCCAUCAAUUCAAACUGAAGUAAUAAACACGUAGCUAAUCUACGACAGGAUGUUUAUUCAAUACGAACCUCUGAAACGGGAUCAAGAGUAACAAAUAGUUUAGCAUUUUUUAUUAAUUUAUAAUUUGUCAUGAAAUGAGUUUUUCAGCAAUAUAUACAAGAAAAGAAGUCGACCUGAUUUCUGAAAUAUUCCAGGAGGAAUCUCAGGAUGACACCAAAUGGGCUCUACAAAGUAAUUCCUGCAAGACCGCCACUAAUGCUAAAAAAUAUGAGGUAACACCUACAGCAUUAGGUAUGUCAAUGAGAUAAUAACAAUAAGCUACGCCGUGCCAAAGACAAAGCUCUCAGUCUUCCAAAGUCAGAUGAGUAGUGGGCUCCUUUCGAAGAAAAUAUUGUCUAUUUGACGUUCAGUUUAGGUAAAAAUGUGGUCGUUUCUCAUUCAAGUAUUGAUUUCAAUACUUGUAAUUGCGGGAAAGAACUUGCCUGUUCGUAGAACUCUAGAAACAGGGAGCUGUUCAAAAUCAAACCAUGGUGAAAUGAUAUUGGUGAAAGAUAGAAAGAACAAAGAUGCCAUUAUAGUGUGUACUGAAAAUAACGAAGUAUUUAGCUGGAGAAAAACAGACAAUUCAAAACCUCUUGGUGAACAUUUUGACCCCGGCUACGACUGUCUCGACAUCUUGAAACACGAUGCGAAUUCUAAAGAUGGGUUUUAUUGGAUCACCUUGAACGGCAAUGUUCCGAAGAGGGUCUACUGUGACAUGACAACAGAUGGUGGUGGAUACAUACUGGUUGGUUACAUGAAUGAUACUGUGACUUGGAACGUUCCUUCAAAUAACGAAACUGUUGAACCUUUCGGAGAUCCUCAUUGGUCCAGCGAGUUUGGUGAUCUUCAAGUGAUAGACUUUAGAAUACAAGUUUCGUCCGAUGAUGAUUUUGAGAACACAAAAGCUCAUUGGGCAUUUCGAUUUCAAAACAAACGGUCACUAAAGAAUCUGAUGAUCGUCAAUCAAGGAGGAUGUCCAUACAACUUCCCAGGUGUUGGAGAUAUAUUACAUGUGAAAGAUCUAAUGACGGGUGGAAUUGUAGGAAAACAUUUCCCUUGUUCAAUAUUUGGAGCGUAUUAUCAUCCGUUGGCGAAAAUUGGUUGGACCAUGAUGAAUAGCUGCUUAGAUAAGUCAUGUCCAAAUGGAUUUGCUUAUCAUCCCGUAUUUCCAGUUCAAGUCGUUUAUUCUGGAGGAUUCAGUUUUGUCGCUGGUGAAGGUAGCAGGGCGUCUACGGCAUUUUUUGGUUGUGACAUGGGAAAGUGUUGUGCAUGUUAUGGACCACGUGGUGGAAGAAAUGUUUAUUGUCUCAAAGGAUGUCAAGCAACAAAUGGUGGUACAAUAACAAAACAUGCCUCAGCUUGGUUCUGGGUCAGAUCAAAUCCUCCUCGUAAAGUAAAGGGAAAAUGCAUGGAGUAUCAAAUUGAAGACGAGAAUGGCGAUAGUGGUGUCUGGUAUAAACUAGUUGGGGACGAUGAUAUGCCUGUUAAAGGACGUUGUGGGAAUGAGGGUAUUGUGGGCAACAAUGAUGAUUCAAUCAAGAGUAUCGGUGCUGCUGAUGGAUUUUUAGCCUAUAAUACCACAGAUGAAUCUCUUCUUUUCAGAAAAAACAACACAUGGAAAGCUCUAGCAGAAAAAGACGAGCUUUUGCAGAUGAAGGAACAAUUGCGAUGGGUAACAAAGCAUACAGUUGAUAUAUUUCUAAACCGUACUUUGAAGAUUUUGAGUUGUAAAUCUUUGGCUGAAUUAAACCCACGUAUUCAAAGCGGAGUUUAUACCUUUCCAUUUCAAGAAGAUUGGAAGUCAUUAGGGAAAAAGGUAUACUGUGAUAUGCCUUCAGGCUGGAGUCUUAUUGCACGACUAUCUAACGCGGAUAAACAUGUCAAUGAUAACAGUGAUUUGGAGAACGUAUCAAACCGAAAUCCCACUGGUAACCAUGAUAUGAUAUCUGCUGGAUGGAGAUAUGUGAAAGGGAAUGAAAUAAAAAUUACAAGAAGUGAUGAUCCGACGCAUACAGCCUUAUUGGUCACUGUUAAAAAUUGCUUUGGUCCACAGAAAAGAAGUCUCGUUCAGUUCCUUCUUGAAAUUUCCAGGUCCAGUCAUCAAUGUGAUUAUCGAUGUGAAGUCAAAUAUGGUGGUCAGUACCAGAGCACUGCUGGUUUUGAAAUGCACAAUUGCAACGGUAAAAGUCAAAGCAGCAAUCAGCUUGGUUUUAGAUGCCGCUGGAAUUCAACAAACAUCGGAGCGAUGAUGAUGAUUGGCGGAGGGGGAAGAAACUGUGAUAAAGCAUAUCACGGGAUUCUUUUUUCUUUUACUCGUGGACGCCCAGUAUUUCAAAACAUGGAUUUUGGAUCUUUUAGAAAGAAUAUUGAAACUAAAUAUGAUUUGAAUAUAUGGAUCAGAUAAAUGCAGUGCAGAAUUAUUUUAUAUCAUAUGAUUUAUCAGUAAUAUGAUUAUUUCAAUAUAAAUCAUAUUCAUCAUAUAAAUAAAAUAUGAUUAUUUGAAACUAUCUAUAGACAGUAAUAAGUUGUGCAGAUUAUCAUAGCUAGAAAUUUAUUACGUGACUGCGUCCUACGACCGACAUAAUAGACGGUUUUGUUUUUUUAGAAUAAUAUUAUGUAAAUUUGAAUUAAAUUUGCCUUUAAUUCCUCUUA